AUGAUUUUAUGAAAAUUGAAGAGAAAUAGAUUGAUGGGUUUAAGAAAAUAGAAAUAAAAUAGAAAAAAUGGCGCGAACGCCAUUAGACGUUUCGAAGUUCCAUAUUUGACCGCUAUUCAACCGGCCGGCGUAGUGGCGCAACUAUCCACGUGGUAUAAGAGUUCGCGAUCUUUCUACCUAUCUACAAGUUUAUUUGUAAACAGUAUUUCGUAAGAUGGACGCGUACGAUACACAUAGGAAAAAUUGGGAAGAAUUGGAUGUAACCAAAGAAGAGUUAAAGAAUAUAACGGAGUGUCUGAAAAAGGAAGAGUUUCGUAAAUUGUUAAUCGAAUACGCUGAAGAGGUGACUGAUCCAGAAAAUAGAAAGAUCUACGAAAAGGAAAUCACACAAUUGGAGAAGGAACGGGGCGUCGACGUUACAUUUGUUCAUCCCGAGCCUUGUUACGUCAUAAAAACUAGUGUAAAUGGAGAGAAAAAAUGUUUUCUAAACAUAAGCAAAAGUAACAUUGUUGACCGACCAAGCAGUCAACCUUCUUUCGAGCAAGGUCAUCGUGGAUUACAAUGGUCUAUUCCUUAUACGUUGACACCUCCUCGUGAUGACCUUGACAAAAAAAAUGUACGUUGUAAAGUGUUCGAUGUGGUCUUUCAUCCUGACACCAUGUAUCUGUCAUCCAAAAAUGCACAAUUUCGCGAAAUUGUUCACAAUACAGCCCUCGAUGGCGUGGAAAAUAAUUUCAAGGUCAAACUGGACCGGAAAAAUCUUAAGUUUCCAAAGAUAUCAUACAAAGGAAUAUGCCAUCCUACUGUGAUCAGAAAGCCAUCAAAGGAACCACCUAAAAAACAAUUGGAUAUAGAACCAGAAAUUUAUCAAAAAUUAAUGGCCAGUUAUGAUGAAAGCAGAAAACAACAAUUCAAAUGUGCAGAAGAAAUGCCAAAGCGUUGUUCACCACCUACCAAGUAUUAUAAUAAAAAAGUAGAUAAAACUGAAGAUAUAAAUAGCAAAUAUGUGACGCCAAAAUUUUCCAUAAAACAUCAAUCUGAUAUAGAGUUGGAAGAUUUUAGCAAUAACAGAAAUGCAAAAAUGAAUGCUACAGUACCUAAGAAAUUAAUCAUUAACAUAGAUCUGCCCUUAUUAAAAACUGCUUCUGAUGCUUCCUUGGAUGUACAAGAACGUUUUCUCAGUCUGAAAAGUGAAAAACCUGCAAAAUAUUUAUUAGAAUUACCUUUACCUUAUUGUGUAAAUGCAGACAAGGGUAAUGCUAAAUUUGAUUCAAAAUAUAAAAAACUUGUAAUAACACUACCAGUUAUUCGACCAGUGGUACUGCUAUCUGAUGCUAGAGAAGAUAGUGGAGUUGAUAGUGAUCAUGAUAGUCCAGCACCAUUAUCGUCAGAAGAUUCUACAGAAAAUUCUCUUGAUCAAAAUCAGAAGAGCAACUCUGUGUCUAAAUUAGUUGAAGAAUGUGAAAAAGUGCUUGAAGCUACUAAAAUAGAGUAUGAAAGUGAAAAUAUAGAGGAUUCUAGUGAUACAGCAUUACGGACUAGCAUAGAAAAUAUAGACAUAUUUUUAGAUCCUAGCAUUAAGUAUUCACUGCCAACAUUUAUUUGUAAUUUGUAUAACAAUCAAUUAGCGAUUACUGUAAAUGUAAAAAAUGUCGAUCCGAAUUCCAUACGCCAUAAAAUUUUACAAAAUAAUUUAGGAAUACACGUUUUACUAACGUCUAUAGGUACAGGUUUCUUUCCACAGCAUUAUUCGUUGUGUUUAAAAAUAAAUGAAAAUUCCGUAGAUCCCGAUUCGCUCACGGUUGAACCGUGGGAUAAUAACGUUGUAUUUACAAUUACGUUAAAAAACGUGGAAAAUUUAGCGCAAUACUAUGUUGGUACGAACGAAGAAUUCAUGGAAGAGAGACAUUUUCCUACUGCUACGUCUUUCAAAAAUCAACUACAAGAAUUACUGGCAGAGGAAGAUGAUAAUUUGGAAAUGGAUCGAACAGUCAACGUACAUGCUGACGAAGACGGUGUCGUCAUAAAUAUUACUUCGAAACAUCUAGAUUCUGACGAUGAAGUCGAACAACACAGUACAGGAUCGAUAGAAGAACAACCAAGUCUUUGUCGUACGUUACCAAAGACUAGGUCUGUUUCAGAAAGCAGUGGGGAUGAAUUAACAAGUAAUAGCAUAAAUACAGGAUCAUACUCGAAAAGUAUAUUGAAAUCACGGCACACUCAUGAUUUUUCACGUUCAGUGUCCGAAUCGAGUGCGGAUGAAAAUGGAAUGGCUUCAUCGUCUGUAGAUUGCCAUUACGAUUCGACACAAGAUUUAAAUCUUGAAUCAGAUUGUUCCAGUUUAAAAAAGACAGUACGAUUCAAUGACGUGGUAUCGCGACAAUUGUUCAGAUCUAAUUCCAGUAUUUUGGGUCAACGUAAAAAGAAUCAACGAAAAUUACGAAAUAAAAGACGCGUUCACGAACGUAGGAUGAGCGAAAGCGAAAAUUCCGAAACGGAGGAACGUGAAAAGUACAAAGCAAAUCAAAAAAAUGCGGAAGUCUCUGAGACUAUAAAACCUAUACUUAAUAAGGAUAAACAACAAGCGGCGCAACAAAAAACUGCGAAUAUCGAAAUUGGAGAGGGAUCGAAUAAUAAUCAUUCUUCGUUAAAACGGAAAUCAAGUAUCGAGGAAGAAAUUAUAAACGAAGCAACCGAGAUUGUAAAGGACGAAGUUACAGCACAAUUUAAGAAUGAUCUAAUAUUCGACCUCGAUAUGUAGAUUUUUUUAUCAAUCAAGGAAUUUUGUAACGUGUAUGUGAUAAUUUUUUAAAGCUUAUAAAGCGAAUUAAAGUAGUUUAAUUGGACUUUUUUCAAGAAAUUACAAAAUAAUAAUAAUAAUAAUAAUAAUUAUGAAUUUUGUCUAGGAUCAUGCGGUAAUUUCUUGAUAAAAUAAUAAAUUCGUAUAAAUUAUUGUAUAAAGGACUUCAAGAAAAAUAGUCCUAAGUGAUAUAGAAUUUUCUUUCGUUCGAUAGUUCAAAACAUCGAUCUUAUCGUAAAUUUAUCUUCUUCUAUUUAUAAAAUUAGAGUAAGAAUCUUUUUAAUAUUUCUCAUAUCGAUCUAUUUUGAAUUUUAACUAUCUCUUAUAGAAAAGUAUACAAAAAAAAAAAUCACAUUUCUU